CGAGUAAAACGAGUUGUGAAUUAUUGUGAUGCCAUCUUUACAAAUUAUGAUUCCCAGGUUCACAGAGAGUUUUGUGGAUAUCCGCGAGAGAGAGCGCAAGGUGAAGAGAGGCAGCCGCGAGCAGGGCCGUCAGCUUAUGAACAGGCACAACAACGAGGCUGGUAGACGGGCUGUGAUCAAGAAGUCUCGAGUGACGUGCAAAUGCCACGGCGUGUCGGGGUCGUGCAGUCUCGUCACGUGCUGGGAACAGCUGCCCACUUUCAGGGAAGUUGGAGACUAUUUAAAAGAAAAGUACGAGGGAGCGACAGAAGUGACAGUCUCCCGGCGAGGCAAGCUGAGGCUCAGUGACCCUCGGUUCGUGCUGCCCACGGCACAAGACCUGCUCUACCUCGAAGAGUCGCCCAACUACUGCGUUAGGAAUGAGUCUUUGGGCUCCCUAGGCACAGCUGGUCGUGAAUGCAACAGAACCUCAGCAGGCAUGGACGGCUGUGCUCUUCUGUGCUGCGGCCGCGGGUACAACACCAAGAAGAUCACCAUCAAAGAGCGGUGCGGUUGCAAGUUCCAUUGGUGCUGUCGAGUGGAGUGCAACACUUGCGUUAAGACUGUAGAGGUGUAUACUUGUAAAUAGAUAGUGCAUUUGUGAUUACUUAAUUAUCUAAGGAGAGUUAAUUAAAUUCUACUACUUUAGAAUAUGGUUUACAUAAAUUAAUGUUCCUUCUUUUCACGAAAUAAGUAUGUUAGUGCAAUACGUGUGAGGGUUUGAAAUCUCAACUUUUCGCUUGGGUUGAUAUAAAUACACCCAGAAAUGCCAAUAACUAGAAGUUUCAACUAAUUACAUAACAUUACUGCGGAUACCUACUGUGUAGUGAAACUGAAAAUAUUAUUGAAAUUUUACCUUAAAAUAAAAUUUGUAUUAUGUUUCCUCAGACGUCCGAAGUCCAUUAUGUGAGAGAGUACAUCGUAUUUCCUUGCGUUGUCGCUAGAUGUCGCUACUUUACCGUCACGUGACCACGCCGCUAGCGCCCCCAAUAGCCAAAUCUGGAACUAACUCAGAAACCAGAGAGCGAGCCACCAGUUUGUGUCAUUGUUCGGCUCAUAAAACAAUAAUGAGGAUAUGGUCUAGCACCAGGAAGGCAUUAUUUGGACUUCGGACGUCUGAGGAAACAUAAUACAAAUUUUAUUUUAAGGUAAAAUUUCAAUAUUAUGUGUUCCGUUUGACGUCCGAAGUCCAUUAUGUGAGAUCUGUUUGUUAUCUUCUGGUGGCUUGCGAAAUAAAAGACAACAAUGUGAUAUUAGUAAUCGUAUAUGUAGGAAAAUGUAAUGAAAGUAAACAUAACAACCAAUUUGCUGGCAAAAAUUAACUGACCAUCAUUUCAGCAACAUAAAGGUAAAAUAAAAGUAAAGGUAGUUAAUUGCGAUUGAUAAAUAAAAAUAAAUACAAUUUCAAUUUUCUAUUAUUUAGAGGGUGUAAAGAAUUGAGAAAGCGACUUUUCUGAAGUCACAUCAUUACUUCGGCCACUUUUUUCUACAUCUCUGUUAUAAAACUUUCUAAAAGUGUUUUCAUGCCGCCAAUUAGCUUUUUCUAAAAUUUCAUUAAUAGGAUAUUUUUCUAAAAAAUUUAGUGAUGACACCGCUGACCUACAGCUACCAGGGGAAGCCUCUAUUCCUGCCUCAGAAAGAGUUCGUUUUACCCAGCCACCUAUGAUUACCGCGGAGGCUGGCUUAACAGGUUCUCUAGUUGUGAUAAAUAAAUUUGUUAAUGAACCCCUUCUAUUUUUUGAGAUAUCUAUCAACGACCUUAUCCAAAAUAGAGCAUUUGUAUUUCUAUCUGGCGAAGCAUACAAAGUCCAACUUGAUUGUUGAUAGGAUGCCGAAUCUGUCUUUGAACCAAAUACGGGAUGCAUGGUAAUGGAAUCUCCAUUGUCUAUUAAGUGAUUUGUAUCACAAUGUAAAAGUGUCAAAUCAUGUACUCUACGA